AUGUCAUUAUUCGCUCCUGCUCCCCCUCCUCCAACAAAGCUUGGUCGCUACAGGCUGCUGUCUCCGAAUGCAGGAAUUCGCGUCUCGCCCCUGCAGCUUGGUGCGAUGAGCAUCGGAGACAAGUGGGACUCGGUUGGCAUGGGUUCCAUGACCAAGGAACAGAGUUUCAAAUUGCUCAACGCGUACUUUGACGCUGGAGGUAACUUCAUCGACACCGCCAAUAAUUACCAGGAUGAGACGUCAGAACAGUUCAUCGGUGAGUGGGUGGAACAGAGAGGGAUACGCAACCAGUUGGUUAUCUCGACCAAGCGAGCAGACCCUAACGUCACCAUUGGCGUAAACUAUCUCGGUAACAACGUCAAAAGCAUGUCCGUCAGUUUGGACGACAGUUUGAAGAAGCUCCGCACGACAUACGUUGACAUCUUCUACGUCCACUGGUGGGAUUACGACACCUCCAUUCCUGAGUUGAUGAACGGACUCCAUAACCUCGUCACCCAAGGAAAGGUUCUGUACUUGGGAGCAUCCGAUACCCCAGCAUGGGUCGUCGCCAAAGCAAACCAAUAUGCUCGUGACCAUGGAAAGACGCCAUUCUCGAUCUACCAAGGUGCAUGGAAUGUCAUGGACCGAAGCUUUGAGCGCGACAUCAUCCCCAUGGCUCGUGACGAAGGCCUUGCAUUGGCCCCUUGGAACGUCUUGGGUGGUGGCAAACUUCGCACUGACGAAGAAGAGAAGCGCAGGCUGGAAUCUGGAGAAAAGGGACGAACCUUCGCAAGCCCUGAGUGGCUGCGAAAUGACACCGAAGUUAAGGUGUCCCGUGCAUUGGAAAAGGUCGCGAAAGAAGUCGGUGCUAAGCAAAUCACUGCUGUUGCAAUUGCAUACCUGCUACAGAAGGCGCCAUUUGUUUUCCCUAUCGUUGGAGGUCGUAAAGUAGAACACCUUCUAGGAAACCUCGAGGCCCUUGAUAUUACCCUCAGCAAGGAGCAAAUUGCCUACCUCGAGAGCAUCGUCCCCGUCGAUCCAGGCUUCCCUAACUUCCUGAUCGGUGAUGGUACCACAUAUGGCCCAAUGUUCACGAGCGCAGCUUAUGUAGAGAAACGACCUCUCCGUGAGCCCGUCAAGCCUUCCCCGUAG